AGGAAACAAACGUAAUGCACGAAAAACGUACAGAAUUUGAACGUACGUACGGCGUACACAUUUAAAAAUCAGUGCUCACUUGUACAAAUUACGCCGAGACCGUACAACUUGACAGGUAUGAAUUAUAGUGGACCGUCACAGUUAGAUAGUAGCACUCUGUAGCAUGGGACGUCCAGCUAUCAGUGGUCACGGCGAAACUAUGUGCUUUAGCGAAGUCAUCUUCGAUGGCUUUGCGUGCCAUUUCCUAAAUGUCGGGGAAUACGUUGUUGGAGGAAUAUAUCCGCGAGCGAAAAAUGUAACGCGGGUCAAGCGUUGCAAAUAAAUUAACGAAGCCCGCCGUGUGUUUUCACUGGUGUCAUCCCCGGGGUUGUCCUGCUCUGAGCAAGUGAUAUCUGUGGGUGAUGCCGGCUGAGGUGCCGGAGUCAUGUCAUAAGUGUUGCCAUUAACAUAGGGAACAAGCGCUGAGCAAUGCUUGCAAAUUGUUUUUUUAUUUUUUUUUUAUUUUUAAUAUUUUCUCUCCCUCCUAUUUUCUCUCCCUCUGCAUUGUAGUCCACGGGGAAACCGAAAUGUUGCCACACAGCAGAUUUGAAAGAAGCCAGUGCUACCUCAAAAUUCGGUCUCUCCACUCCUCCGCUCGCCAUAGCUUUUUGUUUUCUUUCUUGUUUCACUUUCACUUCGCUCGUAAGCGAGAGAGGGUGUUACUCGGCUUCUAUUACACAGGUGCUUGACAGCGAUCGGACAUGUACUUUCGGCAGGGCGGGAAUUUCUCCACAGCUGUGCUUCACGUCACACACAGGCACACAGAGCUCGACCAAUUCAUUACACAAGCGUUCGGAAAAAAUUAAUUGCAAAACCGAAAAGGCGCGGUUCAUAAAGGCGUAUUGAACCGUACAGGGCGAACUGUACGGUUCGGCUUUGAACCGCAAACCGUUGCACUCCUAGUAUAUAUACAGUACAUACACAGUUUAUUUUUAAAAGACACAUAGACAAGACAGUGGGCGUUGUUUAGGGCAAGGCUUUUGAUUGGAUGCUGCCAAUGAUGAAAAGUCAAACAACUAAACGAAAAGUGCACAUAAAAGACCACUGCUGGAUCAAUGUUGGCUCAACUGGGCAAGUCCACGUGUGCGACAAGUUGUCGGUAGUAAUUGUAUGAGCAAAAGUGAAACCAAUCAGAUUGUAAAGUAUGAUGGCAGAUGUCAAAUGGUGGCGCCUGCGAUUUUCGCAGAAUAAUGCGUGCAAAGUCGAGCGCAGACAGCCUAAACCUAAAGAGAUGCCUGCCCCACCUCCGCCGCCUCCGCCCCCGGGAGCCCCACCUCCUCCCACGCUGGCACUUGCGAACACGGAGAGACCGAGUCGUGGAGAACAAAAGGGACGCAACGCGCUGUUGUCUGAUAUCUGUAAAGGAGCCAAACUAAAAAAGACUGUCACCAAUGAUCGCAGUGGACCUCAGCUGGACAAACCCAAAGGAGGAGGGGGAAGUGCAGGUUCAGGAGGAGGUUCAGGUUCAGGAGGAGGUGGUGGAGGAUUUGGUGGCGGUGGUUCUCCUGCUGGCUUAGGAGGCCUAUUUGCAGGCGGGAUGCCAAAACUGCGCUCAGCAGGCAACCGAGAUUCAAAUGACUCAGGAUCUAGCAGAGGACCAGCGCUCCCACAAAAUCGCUUCGGUGGGGGCCCUAGUCCUUUCGGGGUAGCAUCUGCUGGUCCUCCAAAGCUCCCAGGUACGCCCUCUGCAGCCCGUGGCGGGGUUCCUGAUAUUCCCAAGAACCGCGUAAACAUAUCAAGGCAAGACACUCCUGGGGGUGGCCCACCCCCUAUCCCUAACACGCCCCGGCCCAACCAGAACUUCAGUCCUCGAGGGGGACACCCCCCUCCGUCACUCAAUGUAGGACCAAGAUCUAACCCUUCGUCUGGACCGCCACCACCAAGUCUUCCUCCGGGGCGGCACGGGCCCCUGCCUCCGCCUCCAGGCGGCUCCUCAAGACCAAGCUUCUCCUCGCCUCCAAAUAAUAGCCGACCGCCCUUACCCCCGGUUCCCGGGGGGCGGCCCCCGCUUCCUGACGACCGGCCCCCUCCCCCGCCAGCCCAGAUCGGAGGGCACCGACCCUCCAUGCCUCGAGACACGCCCCCACCACCACCUCCCGCAGUCAACACCAAACCACCAUCUUCUAUCUCCUCUCGCUCUGGUGGGGGGGCACCCCCUCUUCCACCAGGGCGACCGGGCCCGCCUCCACUACCACCGACACCUGCUGUGGGGGACCAGCACUGCACACCUCGUCUACCGCAGAGGAACACUUCACUCAGCACUAGUGCCUCUUCACCACAUAUCCGCACCGGACCCCUCCCUCCUCCACCCAAUGAGAGACCACCAUCUUUUGGAAGAAGCCAAUCGUCAGGCCGCACAGGCCCCCUACCCCCGCCUCCUCCGUCAGGCCGUAACAUGGGCGGCAUCGGCGCAAGGUCAUCGCCAGCACAUUCAUCUAUUAACCGGUCGGGCUCAGAUUCUCCACGUGGUGGGCCCGGAAUUAGGCCCCCUCUACCUCCUGACAGACCUGGGACGGGACCGGGUGGUGCCCCUCUGCCGCCAUCCAUGGGCAAUGGCUUUCAGAACUCGCACCACAAUCAGAUACAUGACGAUUGGGAGGCUCGCUUCAAUUUCCAUCCUGUCUCGGACCUGCCGCCGCCAGAACCAUACCAGCACUUCCACAAGACGUACCCCAGCAAGAUCAGCAAGAAUGACGGCUUAGGUUCAGGUAAAAAGGAAAGAGGGGCUCCUCCUCCCAUUCCCAGGUGAAGAAGAUCUGCAAAGCACAUACCAAAAGACCAGUGUAAAGAUUGAAAAAAAAACAUCUAUAUUGAAUUUUAGUGUUCCUCAAGCACAAGUUUUCCUCUUGCUUUCCCCUUAAUUUAAUUGAUCAUCCCUGACAAAAUCCACACUUGUGUGAGGUUCAUAGCACAAAAUGAAUGUCACUCGCAGUCAAUCAGCUUCCUCAGGGCAUUUGUUGUUUGUGUUUUUAAGGAUCGAAUGUCUAAGGUUUUGUGCCUUAUGGAGAAAGCCAGGGAUUCAUUCCCCCUUAGUGCCUUAAGGUAUAUUAAUUGCCUUGUUGUGGUUGCUGGAGUAUUCAUUCUAAAUAUCAAGAAGAAUGUGUGUGAAUGGGGAAAUGCAAUGUCCAAUUUUUCCCACAGCCACGCGUGCCUAUACAGUAUAUUUACCUAUUUUUGUGUGUUUCUCAAUGGUACUAUUUUUUCUCAUUUUCACCAGAGCACACACUCAUUGCACUCAGCUGCAACAACAGCACUGAUGUAUUUUCAUUUGUUAAAAAUGCCUUGUUCUAAGAUGAAGGUCCUGUGUAUAUAUAUGUAUCUUUUCGGUUAACGCAGGUGGUAAAGUUGUUCUUACAGAAACUGUGCAGUAUUACGUGUUUCUAUUUUGUGUGUGUGUGUCUUACAACAUUUAUUAAUAAUACGAGUGGAGUCAAAGACAAUCAAAUGGAAUAAAAGGAGCUGAUAGGUUUGUACUCUACUUUGGCUGAUGUGUAAUUCUUUAAAACAAAUUUUUGGCAACAUGUGUAACAAUCCAAAAGAGUUCACUCAUUACCAGCAUUGACAGUGAUAGACAUGGGUGUGGUAGAGGAAGCAAAAGUGGACCUGAUUAGUACCCAGGCCCGAGGAGAAAAUCCUGAUUUUUAUUUAUGUAUUUUAUUUACUUUUUUCAUAAAUGAUUUUACUUUCAAAUUAGAACCUCUAAUAAAUUGAUGUCAUAAAUCAUAGUUCAUUUCAAAUACAGUUGAUAAUGAUAACUAUUAUUAUAAUAAUAUUUUUAUUAACUAUUACUACGAUAACUCUAUUGCAUUUCUAUAAACUAGCUCCGUCUGCUAUUCCUAUUAGCAGUCCUGGUGCAUC